GGGAGCAGGCGGGGCCGGAGGCGGGGCGGCGGCAGGAAGGGGCCGGAGCGGCCUGGGCCCGGCGGAACCCGGCGGAGCCCGGUUGCCCUCUUCCAGGCACCGCGGGCCGCACGAGAACCCCGGGGAGCGGGGCGCCCCAGAGUGCACUUCGGGGCGCAGGAGGCAGACCCGCGCGAGGGGGUGAAAGAGGCGCCGGCAGAGUCGCGGGACCCUCCACAGGCAAGGGCGGGGCCUCCGCGGCGCCCCUCCCUCCCCCAAUCCCGGCCCCGCCCCGCCCCCUCCCCGCGCGGGGCUGGGGUCCGCCUCCCUCCCCAGCCCGGGACCCAGCGUCGCGAGCUCCCCCCGGGGUGCCAUGGCCUCGCGGCUCCUGCACCGGCUGCGGCACGCCCUGACCGGCGACGGCCCCGGGGAGGCAGCGGCCGGCCCCGAGGCCGAGCAGUUCCCGGAGAGCUCGGAACUGGAGGACGACGACGCCGAGGGCCUGUCGUCCCGCCUCAGCGGCACCCUGAGCUUCACCAGUGCCGAGGACGACGAGGACCAGGACGACGAGGACGACGAGGAGGCUGACCCCGACCCGCUGCCCGAUGGUGACCGGGCGGCGGGAGAAGACGCAGGCACAUCCUGUGCUCAUGCAGAACGGAGUCCCCCACCUGAUGGGCAGCGGGGUAGUCAGCUUCUGACACGGCAGUUGCAAGAUUUCUGGAAGAAGUCCCGGAACACCCUGGUACCCCAGCGGCUGCUCUUUGAGGUGACCAGCGCCAACGUGGUCAAGGACCCGCCCUCCAAGUACGUGCUCUACACCCUCGCCGUGAUGGGCCCGGGGCCACCGGGUCGCCAGCCAGCCCAGAUCUCCCGCCGAUACUCGGACUUUGAGCGGUUGCACCGAAACCUGCAGCGGCAGUUCCGGGGCCCCAUGGCUGCCAUCUCCUUCCCCCGCAAGCGCCUGCGCCGGAACUUUACCGCGGAGACCAUCGCCCGCCGCAGCCGGGCCUUCGAGCAGUUUUUGGGCCACCUCCAGGCAGUCCCUGAGCUGCGCCAGGCCCCGGACCUGCAAGACUUCUUUGUGCUGCCGGAGCUGCGGCGGGCGCAGAGCCUCACCUGCACUGGCCUCUACCGCGAGGCCCUGGCGCUCUGGGCCAACGCCUGGCAGCUGCAGGCCCAGCUGGGUGUCCCCUCAGGCCCAGACCGCCCUCUGCUGACCCUGGCGGGGCUGGCUGUGUGCCACCAGGAGCUGGAGGACCCUGGGGAGGCCCGGGCAUGCUGUGAGAAGGCCCUACAGCUGCUGGGGGACAAGAGCCCUCACCCUUUUCUGGCACCCUUUCUGGAGGCCCACGUGCGGCUCUCCUGGCACCUGGGCCUGGACAAACACCAAUCAGAGGCCCGGCUCCAGGCCCUGCAAGAGGCAGGCCUGACGCCCACGCCACCCCCCAGUCUCAAAGAACUACUCAUCAAGGAGGUGCUGGACUAACCACACCUAGACUUAAGGCCACUGUGGGGAGAGGCACUGCCCCAGGAUGGGAAGUGGGGUAGGGGCGGAUGAGGACACGGACAGCAGUUGGGAGGUGACCAGGGGUGCUGGGAACCCCUAGAAGUCCCACGAAGGAUUUGUAGCAGACGGAAGAAAUGUGCCGCUUCUGUUGAGCCGGGCUCAGGACAGGCUUUGGCUAGGACGGUGCAGGGAGAAAGUCCGGUGCGGCCUCUCAAGCUUAUGAAUUCUGGGGGCUGUGCCCCAGGUCAGGGUCAACAGUCCCUUUUCCUUGGGCCUCCGAGCCAGCCUGGCUAAGGGCCAGGAACUCUGGCCCAGGAGUCCUGGGGUUGAUGGCUGGAGGGAGGCCUGCAGUUCUGGCCAAGGGGGAUUAAAAGCCAGCAGCUCCACUGGUAGAAGUCUCUUUAUUCCAUGUUCAGGACCACAGGCCCAGCCCUGGAUGGUAACUCCUGCCUCAGGAGUCGGGGGAGAAGGGAGAUCCUUGAAGCCCCAGACCAAGCUGGUACCUCUGGCUACAGCUUUGAGUCCCAGGGCUUCACUCGGAUCACGCCCUCCUGGGCACAGGACAUAGCCAGGACCCCGUCCCGACGCCACAGCCGCCCAUGAACUAGGCCCCGGGAGCCACCUGCGAAGAUAAGGGAGAGAACUGUUUCCUUCCACCCAGCCAAAUGCCCUCCUUGAAAAACGUACAACUCAGGUUGGGCCACCCCAUGCCAGGGUACGCUCAGUGUUGUCACUCCCAAUCUCCAGGCACCCUUUUAAGAGCCUAUUAUGAUUGGUCAUCAGGGGUAACUCCUCCCAUGGGAAUCCCACUUGAUGGUUUAAAAGCACUUUCACAUAUCUGCUGGCUUCCUCAAAAAAAUCCCAAGGGGAUACAUUCUGAGAACAGUCUGGUUCAGUAGCUCAGCUAACCAGAUCUGCCCCACUUCUGGCCACCUGUGUGAGGAAACCCAUCAGUUCCCCCUUUUUUUUUUUUUUGCGGUACACGGGCCUCUCACUACUGUGGCCUCUCCCGUUGCGGAGCACAGGCUCUGGACGCGCAGGCUCAGCGGCCAUGGCUCACGGGCCCAGCCGCUCUGCGGCAUGUGGGAUCUUCCCGGACCGGGGCGCGAACCCGUGUCCCCUGCAUCGGCAGGCGGACUCCCACCACUGUGCCACCAGAAAAGUCCCCAUCAGUUCCCUUUAUAAUAAAUCAAACCAGGCCCUCCAGGCUGGUAAUUCAUUCAAACAAGCAAACCAACAAAAAAAAAAACCCACCUCCAUCCCCACAGGGACAAAGGGGCUCGGAGGACAGGACGUGGAGCCGUGAGGCCUGGCCACCCCCUCCCCACGUGGAGAUUCUCCCUUGCUAGCCCAGGGCCUUAGUCUGAUUAUUUAGGAAGGGAACUGCUGGUUUCUCUUAUAUGCAGAACAGCUCACUUAGGCCUUGUCCCAUGUUCCAGAUGAUGCCAGUCAAAUCCAGAGAGGCUCAGGAACUUGGCCUUAAGGCUCAGGCCAAACAUGAACCCAAGAGUCCUAACUUCAAGUGGCGGCUCCUUUACUGUGAUCCUGUCGGUGCUUGAGAGCCCCCCUUCCCUGAGUAUAAGAAGUCCCUCCAGUUUUGUCCCUGGUUCACAAAGCAAGGCUUUUCUUUGUUUGAAAUGCACUUCCUUGGAAAGGAACCCAGGGCUCUGAGACUAGGCACUGAUGAACGAGUCUGGGUUUCUCUCAACACUAUAAGGAGUAUCCAAGCAGUGGGGCCCUUAGAGAAUGCUGAGUGCCCUGACCCUCAACCAGGUUAAUUGUCAGAAUCACUUAGGGAGCUUUUUUCUUUUUUCAAUUUUUUGGCUGCGCCGUGCAGCAUGUGGGAUCUUAGUUCCCCGACCAGGGAUCAAACCUGUGCCCCUUGCAGUGAAAGCACGGACUCUUAACCACUGGACCGCCAGGGAAGUCCUGGGAGCUUCUUAAAAAUAGUUUCCUGGAUCUCAUCCAAGAUCUGCAGAGUCAGAAUCUAAGGGAUGGAAUCUGAGAAUGUUCUGAAAAAGCUCCCCCAAGUGGUGGUCUGAUGGGCCACCAGCUUUGGAUACCUCUGUUUUAAUGCAACCCUAUUUGUUGAGAUGGGGAAACAGGCUCAGAGAGGAGAUGGGACUUGCCCAAGAUCACACAGGUAAUCUGAAGUGGUUCUGGGACUAGAACUGAGUCUCUGAGAUAAACUGAAUCAUAUUCCCAGCAUGUUACAGAAAUUAAGAGCUGAGCAGGUGUCCCAUCCUCAGGCCUCACCCUGUCAUUUUGAAGACAAGGAUACCACAGCCUAGGGAAGCAGAAGAGGAAGUGAGUGAUCUGUGUGGUGCUCCAUAGAAAGUGGGGGGGGGGGACAGCAUCACCCAAGAAAGCAGGCUCCCUGCCCUCCCAGGGUCAGCACCCUCAUCCCCCAUGGUCCCACACUCACCGGCCCAGGGGCUCUCACACUCAUAGAGCAUCCAGUGGUCAGCUCGGAAAGGGGCGUGGAACCACAUGGAGUGAUCCAAGGAGACCAUGAAGUGCACCUUGUGCUGCAACUGGUGGGGCAGCAGUGCUGUGCCCAGGAAGGCAUAGUCCGAGAUGUAGGCUGCCACGCAGCAGUGCAUCUUCAUGUCGCCCUCCCCUGCAACAGAUUCCGGCCCCAUCAGCCCUGGGCUCCUGGGCUUUACAGCUCAGGACCUGCAGGGAGGUAGGGAGAAAGGGGCUGCCGUGCAUAGGUGUGCAGACUGUUCACUGCCCAAGGGCACCUGGCCCAAGGUGUGUGUGUGUGAUGGGCGAUAAGGGAGACAGGGAUGGGAGGGGGGCAGGUGCAGGUGAGGACUGAAAUCCAAUCUUCAGUCCCCAAGUCUCCCACCGUGGACCCCCGAGGUGUCUUCUUCCAGUUUGCACAAAGACAUCUGAUGCUUAGCAGGGGACCUGGGGAAGAAUCUUGGCAAGGUGCCUUGCCUUCCCCAGAAAGGACCAACAUUAGGAUUACAGUCACCUGCCCGUUCUCCCCAUACAAAGGGCUGAGCCAACCUCCCCAUCAUGCAGAUCAGUAAACAGGCCCAGAGUGGGGAAGUAACAUGCCCAAGGCCACAGAGGGCAAGUGAGGUACAGGUCUAGGCCCCCGGAGAGCGUUUCCUUUCAGGCCAUGGGGUCCUCUUACCAAUGUAGCCCCGGGCUCGCACCCAGAACAUCUGUUUGGGCUCCAUGCUCUGCAGCUGGCUCAGAGUGGGUAGGUUUACCAGCUUGAUCUCAAUGGGCACCUCCCGGGCAGCAAUUCGGUUCAGCCCCACUCGGUACUUCUCUUGGAGGUUAGGGUCCCUGAAAGUAAAGGGGAGAGGGAUGGGGAGACCCAGGAAGAUGGGGAGCCUGUCCUCUGAGCCGCCUCUUCUGACCCCUCUCAUUCCUCCACAGGGACUCCUGACUUAUCCCCAAAGCUCCCCUCCCCUCUGGCAGGCAAGAUAGGAUAGAUUUGCAUCCUUUCUUUGCCACUUAUAAGUCCUGUGGCCUGGUGCAAGUUAGUCAUCGCUCAGCCUUUUUCCCAUCUGCAAAAUGUGGAUAAUGACAGUCACCUACCUCAUAAUAAGUACUGUGGAGGAGACAAGAUAAGACAUAUGAAGCCAACACAUCAUCUAGUCAUGCGGUGUACCCUGUGACAGGCCCUGUUCCAGGCACUUCACGCACAUGCACUCACCCGUCAACACCUCUGUGAGAUCCAUGCUGUUCUCACUGUCAUCUGAUAAGUAAAGCAAGCACAGAGGGUGCAGGUAGCCUGCUCAGGAGGCGGAGGGGCGCGGGAUUCGGACCCAGUCUGGCUCCUCGGUUCACACUCUUAACCGCUUCUCUAUUCUAACACUCAGGAAACAGGCUGCCCUACUUGGACUGACUUACCUAACCCUGAGCAACUGGGGACGCUGUGUUCCAGGGAGAGGAGCCCAUUUCCAGGGAAGCCCCUUUGCCACAGUAAGGACACCCCUUGUGCCCCUAGGCUCUUCCCCGGUAUUUCCGUUUCCAUCCCUAUCCUUUCGAGCCCUGUCUGACAGAACCUUCUGUGAUGAUAGUAUGGUCUGUGGCUGCACUGUCCGCUCUGGUAGCUAGCCACGAGCCACAUGUAGCUGUUGAGGGCUUGAAAUGUGGCCAGUGUGACCGAGGACCAGAGCUGAAUUAUUUCUAUUUAAUGUUAAUUAACUUAAUACAGCCACCUGUGGUUAGCGGCUUCCUUAUGGGACACACAGCUCUAGAUUCAGGGACCUUUAAGAACAAUGUCCUCCUUUCAUUUCUCAAACAUUUUGGAGCUCUGACCGCAUACCAGGCUCCGUGCUUAUUCCUCUCUGUCAAGAGUGAGGUAACUACAAUUUACUGAGCACUCGCUGAGGGCCUUGUUAUCUUGUGUAAUCCUCACAGCAGCCUUAUAAGGUAGAAAUUCUGAUUGGCACCAUUUUACAACUGAGGACACAGGCACACAGUGGAAAAGCAACUUGCCAAACUCACACAGCUGGCAGGGGCAGAGUCUAGAUUUGAACCCAGGCUUUUCCCAGGUGCAGAUGCACGUCUGUUCCAUCACACCGGGCUGACAGCCCUGACUGCUGCACAAGGCGGCGGGGCUCUCCUUAUGAUACAGCUGUGAAGUCUGCAGGGCAAAUGCAGCCAUUCCCAUUUUUUAGAUGAAGCAGGGCUCUGAGAGGCUGGGGAGUCGAGCAAAGCAACACAGCAGGUGGGAAGUGGAGCACUGGCCCCAAUCUAUAACCGAGCAGGACCCUGUGGAUACCUCUGUCAAGUUUAUGAUUAACCUCCUUAUCUGAACCUUUAUUCCUUUUAUUGUUCAAAACCUGUUCUCCUCAAGAUUGAGGAGGGGAACUGUAACAGAGCAGGACCCUAUGGGGCCUUCCUGGGACAGGCCCUUCCCCCAUAUCCUCUGCUUUACUCUCUGAAGUACCUAGAUAACAGCAUAUGCUGCACAUCUCCUGAGUUGUUUUACAGAUGCUAACCACACCCCCCCAGCCAAAUAAAGAUGUUAACUACUUGAUGACCAUGAGCACAUAGCCCCAGGCCUCCUGGAGCUUAAGGACUAACAAUGUUAACUGCCCUCUUACCUCACCAUCAGCCAAUCAGAGAAUUGUGCAUGAGCUGAUCACCUACCCUGCGACCCUCCUCCUUUACCUGGCUUUUAAAAAUGCUUUGCCAAAACCCUUCAGGAGGGACUUCCCUGGUGGUGCAGUGGUUAAGAAUCCAUCUGCCAGUGCACGGGACAUGGGUUUGAUCCCUGGUCUGGGAAGAUCCCACAUGCUGCGGAGCAACUAGGCCCGUGUGCCACAACUACUGAGCCUGCGCUCUAGAGCCCUUCAGGGAGCUCGGGGUUUUUUAGAGCAUAAGCCACCCAUCUCCUUGCAUGGCCUUGGAAUAAACCUUUCUCUGCUCCAAACUCCGAUGUUUCGGUUGGUUUGGCCUCACUGUGCAAGUUGGGCACAUGGACUUGCCAUAACAAACCCACGUGACUUGUCCUGUGUCAGGACCCAGAGCUCCUUCCACUGCCCCAGCAUUUUUCCAACUUUAUUAGCUGUGAUUCAAGUAACAAACCUAUUUUACCAGGUGACAUUCAAAAUACUUAACAUGCACUAAGGCAAAGGCAGCACGGCCACAGCUCUGCAGCAGGACCCUCACCCCUGGCAGGCAUUAACUCCUAGGCUGCUGGGUCAUGGGUGACCCUGGAAGAGAAGGGGGACCACUCAGGGACUGGGGAGGUACUUACCAACAGUUAUAGAAGUAUUUCAGUAUUUAAACAGUAGGAAAGCUGUAACAGUACCUGAACUGGCUGAAUAGGAAGCCCUGCAUUUCACACCAUGAUCCAACACCCACCCAUGGGCACACAUGCUCUCACACACAACUGAAACUAAUGUUUCACAAAAGGAUGCCUACCCUUACUACAGGCAAUACGGUCUAGUAUCUUCUUCUCUAGUCCAGCUUCCCCGUGCCCCGCCCCCACUCCGGCCGUGCCUCAUGGCUCGUGGGAUCUUAGUUCCCCAACCAGGGAUCGAACCCGUGCCCGCUGCAGUAGAAGCACAGAGCCCUAACCACUGGACUGCCAGGGAAUUCCCUGGCAGCUUUUUAAAAUGCUGCUAAAAUGUCCAGCUUUUUAAAAUGCUGGCCGAGAUCAGCUAAAGGACUCCAUGGCCUGCUAACAGGUGGCGACUGCAGUUUGAACACUGUCCUGGGACCUUGAGGUCUCUCACCUUAAAUACUGGUUAAUGAGGGCCUCGUGGCCAAGCAGCUCUUCCGGCGGGGGCACUGUAGGCAUGGAGAACUGGUGCUGCACAGGGCUGGGCUGGGCCUUCUGGAAGGAGGCCUGGCAGAUGAAGAUGGGCCUGCCGUGUUGCACAGCCUUCACGGAGCGCACGGAGAAGCUCACCCCUGUUCGCGUCCGUUCCACCUGGUACAGCACCGGCACCUUCGGGUCCCCUGCAGCAGGCAAAGGGCACACAGCACACGGUGAGCCCAACUGAGCCCUGUAGGCCCUCUCACCAUCACCAUGGCUGGACAGGCCCCUCUGUUGCUUGUUCUCCAUUCCUUUUCUGCUUGGUAACUACGGACUGAGGCCUGAUGAAGCCCAGGUACUGGGGAGAGAACCCUAGACCCUGUCACUGGGAUGCUCCCCGUGCAGGUGGAGAUCCACUCCAUCAAUAGCACAGGACAGAAGGGACACUGCCAGAUUCCCUGCAUUCAAAGUCCAGCUCUGACACUCACCAGCUGUGUGACCUUGGGAAAGUCACUUAACCUCUGAGCAGUUAACGCAUCUGUGAAAUGGGGAUCAUCAUAGUGUUCACACCUCUCAGGAUUUUAAUGAGGAUUAAAUUAGUUCAGAGUCGUAAAGUAUUCAGAAUAAUAUCUGGCGCGUAGUAAGUGCUCUGUGUUUGUUCAAUAAAAUACUCUCAGCUUUUGUCUUGUUCCUUCUGUGACUGGGAUCUUGUCAUGAACCCGGUACCAUUCUUCUAGAUCAGGGGUCAGCAAAUCUGGCCUGCUGCCUGUUUUGUUUUUCUUUUCUUUCUUUCUUUUUUUUUUUUUUUUUUGAGAACAAGCAAAGGUUAUUUAUUCAGAGUUUAGUGCAUCAAGGGAGUCAGCCAUAAUCACUUCCGCUUGCAGAGACUCAAAGGCACAUGGAGGAGCGGGAAAGCUUUAUAGUGAAAAAAAAGGUUUCAGGUAUGCCCUGCUUGGAGGCUGCUGGCAUGGUGAUAGGCAGGCUAACUAGAAGCAGGGCAGCCUAUGUAAUUGGUGAUGUUUGGCUUUCCCCAGUUAGUCCUAAGUUGGAAGCAGGGGCAAAAAUUAGGGAAGCUCUCAGUUAUUCAUCAAGUCCUGGCCAUUAGGGGCUGAUCAUUACAGGGACUAUGGUUUGGCUUCCUGGACUGGCUGCUAGAAAUGGCGGUCUGACUUCCUCCAAGCCUGACUUGUAGAUAGUAGGUUGGCUUCCUGUGCUAGCUGCUACCAGCUGUGGCUCAGAGUUCUCUUUUUAUAUAUGGUUUGGCCACUGUCUUAUAUUCAUUCUCCCAGGAAAAGCCUGCUGUCAGUCCCUUCAUCCCUAAUGCAAAUGGAAGUCAACCUGACCCUUCUCCUUCGCUAUCUGUGCUCACAAGACAGGAUGGGAGACACUGGCCCCAGCGUGAGGACUAUUAACCCUCAAUGAACAGGUCAGGGAGGGUUUUUAGAGAGAGUUUUCCUGGUGUCCCCGAAGUCCUUUAGUCUGAGUCAGACCGACCUUAGAGAACCUGACAUGUAGGUGGUAAGAUGUCUUGGGGAUGAUUUUCAACUUUGAGAUGAAAGAAGCAGGUCUAGAGAAGCAUUGCUUCCUCCACCCCAUCCAAAUGGGGAGCCUGCCAGGCACUGGGGGCUCAUUCAACAGCAAUAAACACGCCUAUGAAGCCCUGAAGCCCAGCGGGUUUGCUCAGGUCUGUUAGCCAGCAAUGCCAAAGGGGCAUUUUUAAUCAGAA